AUGGAGAGCCGUGGCUUGACCCUCCGCAGCAAGUCGCGCCGCCCCCGCCCCCAGAUCAGUGCUCCGAAGCCCAUAUCCGGCCCUUUGCCGACCAAUAACGGCAGUAAGGGUGCCGGUACUCCAGGGCAGAACACUUCCUCUCCCAGCUCGACAUCCCUGGACCGGGCCCCUUCGAAGGGCGCGACCUCUGAUCUAGUCAAGCGCCGCUAUUCCACCCGUUUUAAUCAGGCCCCCGACUUCGAUGUCAGCGCUCCGCCGGUGCCGGGCCUGCCCAAGGCACCAGCCACGUAUGGCGGGCUCAGCCCACCCGAGACGAGUCGAAGACCGUCCACCGAGUCUUCUGGUCCCCCCAAGGUGGACUUGAAUGCCCUUCGGGAUCCUAGCCUCCCAGUUGACAAGUACGUUGCCAACCUACUCGCCAAUGCCUCGGAAGAGGAAAUCGAAGCAUAUCAGAAGAGCCUUCGCAAGGUCAAAAACCGAACUUCGACCGAUCUGCAGCAAAAUGUUUACCAGAACCGCACUCAAUUCAUCAAGAUCAGUAAGGAGGCGGAGAAGCUCAAAGGGGAAAUGCGGACCCUCCGCACUCUGAUGGCGGAGCUUACCACUGCGCUCGGACAGACCACCAUCGGCAACACCCCGAAUCCCAUGUCCCCCGCCGUUGACGAGUACAUGCCGAAACGUAAUGCCAACCGGAGUUCUGUCGCUAAUCUGGAGAGCAUGUGGAACGUCCAGCUUCAAACCCUCUGGAAGACGGUGGAGGGCUCCCAGAAGUUCCUACCGGUGGUACCUGGCCGACACAUCGUGAUGGAGACGGGGCAUUGGGUGGAACUGGACUCUGCAACCUGGAAGCCCAGGCGACCAGUUCACAUAGUGUUGCUCAACGACCACCUGCUGAUCGCCGCGAAGAAGCGCAAGCGGGUUGACCAGAGCAGCCAUCGCGGGCCGGUCCCCACCAAGCUGGUCGCGGAAGAAUGCUGGCCCCUACAAGACGUCGAUAUGAUCGACCUUGGUGCCAAUCUCUCCGCGGGGGUUGCUCGAGAUGAAGCCGAAGACCGGGGAAUUGCGAAUGCAAUCAACGUCCGCGUCGGCGGGAAGCCGUUUACCUAUCGUCAUGACAAGCGCGACAGCUCGGCUAAAGGGGAACUGCUCGCGACCUUCCGGAAGACUGUCGAGGAUCUCCGACGUAAUCUUCGCUCGGAGACUGAGGCCGCAAGCAAAUCCACCGAGUCAUUCGGCUACCUGGGCGUCCGGCGCCCCUCCCAUUCCCCCAUGCCGGAUCAGUAUGACGGCGGCGAAAGCACCCGCGACAAGCCGGAGGUGCGUAUCGAUGUGGAUGGAAAGCAACAGAAUCUUCGUUGGGUGGACGGGCAGGUGGACGAAUUGGAUAUUGACAUCGCCCUGCAGCGGUUUGAGGAGGCUGUGUCUAACGUCGAGCGGCUUCGCAAGCUCGCCAAGGGCCUGAAGGGCAACGCGGUCGCGCAGGACGUGAUCAAUACGAAGGUCGACGAGCGUGCAGCCACCCUGGCGGAGGUACUUCUGCGAGCGCUCGUGGAUACACACUCAUUUCCCGUGUCGACCAAAACGAGGGUCUCCUGGCUCACGCGGCUAGGCUUUGAAGAUCAAGCCCGGGAAGCGUACUUGAAAACCCGCUCGGAAAUCGUCUCCAAACGGAUCCGUGCCUGUAUCUUCGAGGGAGACCUCCCACUCUACAUUUUCCAGAUCUCCUACGUCUACUUCACGUUGAUCAAGAACACCAUUAGCAUCUACCAACAGUGUUUUCCGCCGGUCAUGUCCAGCGCCAGUAUCCGUUGGGCAAAACACCACCUUGACGGCUUUAACGCCCUGCUCACGCGCCAGCUCAGCAGCGUCCAACGCGGCACAACUGUCUGGCAGAAAUGCAUUGACAUCGUGCAUGAGCAGGCUGAUCAGCUGACCGAGGUAGGCGUGGACUUUACCGACCUCGUCGCGAAGGACUUGGAGACGGGUGAAGAGUUCACCGAACGACCGCAGAUGACCCGGUCUGAGUCCCUUAUUUCCGGUCUGUUUGACAUAGACCCCACGCGCCGUGCUCCAGAAUGGACCUAUGUUCGUGUCUUCUAUUCUGUAUUCUCUAAAUGUUCUACCCAUACCCAUGAACGCUGA